AUGUCGGCACCAACAGGCCCAGAAGGGGCAGCACAGGAACCCAACCUACUGAUUCCCAAGCAACCAACCCGAGACUCAGUGGUCUAUGCCGACAGCAUUCCUAUUCCCCGCGGCAAGGACAGGCGCAUUUACCUGCGCGCUCCGGUAGAAAGUGGAAACUGGGAGCAAGCGGACUACGCCGAGCGCUUCAGAUUUGUCUCGAAUGAGUUGAAGAGGGCUGUCGAUGAAGACCCCUGCGUCCGAGAUCGAGCGUGUGUAAUAUCGUACAGUCUUUUGAUGACCGGCAAAACCCCAGAAGAGGCCGAGCCAAGCAUCGUUGUCACCUGCUUUGACAGGGAUUUCAAUGCCCUCCGAGCACUGUUCAAGGGCCGCUUGCAGGACAGACUUUAUUCUGGAAAAAAGUCGAAACCUUAUCACCUUUUCCGUAAAGAGGGAGUACCACCGCUUCGACUCGUGUUCUACCAAACGCCACGGGGCCCCAUCACCCGCGCUGCGGCUUCCGGACUCUUGAAGGCCCGUCCCAACACCCCCCUGACUCUGUGCGGCGCUCUCUUCUAUUCACCUAGCCUUGACCGGACGGCCACGCUCGGUCUCUGUAUAUACGCUGACGGAGUUGAGCUUGCCCUGACCGUCGACCAUCUCUUUACGACAAACGUGCCACGGUCGAACGAAUGUUUAGAUACUGCCUCCGAAGUAUCCUUGGGAAGAUCAAGCGACUCGGAUGUCUCGACGCUCAAUGAUGAGGAUAUGGAAGAGCUCGGUAAUUUAUACUAUCUUGAUGACAGCGAAGAGUACCUCGAUUACGAUCCGCCUCCUGAUAUGGAGCCAUUCAUUCAGGGUGACAUCCAGGUUCCCAACUCCCCGCAGGCGUCAGAACUUGAAGAUAACACGACGCAAGAUUGGAUAGGUUGUAGAGUUGAGGGCUCGGUGGACCUUGAUCCUACUGCUCCCUACUUGGACUGGGCACUCGUCAAACAGCAGGAACCUGUGAAGCCGAUAGGCUCUGGCAAUAUAAUCUUUCCCAAAGGCCUUUAUGGAUCUCACAUCAUGCUGAGACAGGUUGCACGGGAGCCCCGGUGUCAUUUGGCACCUGUGUAUCUCAUCUCCGGAUUGCGGGGGGUGAUAUCCGGGCAAAUCAUGUCAAUCCCGACGAUGAUCGGGUCUGCGCCUGGCAAAGACCUGUGCGAAGUCUGGACAGUGAUACUCGACUCCGGGUUUGGCUCUGGUCUUGCCAAGGGUGAAUGUGGUUCGGCAGUUGUUGACCAAGAGACCAGAGAAGUCUACGGCCACGUAAUUGGCACCAGCCCGCUUGGGUUUGUCUAUGUUUCUCCGCUUAUGCAGGUAAUGAAGCAAAUCAAGGUUUCUUUUGAUGUCAACGAAGUUGGCAUCACACCACCGACUGAGCCGGCUCCUGUGCCCAGCAACGAGACCCAGCAAGAGGAGGUUCCACAAGACGGAGGAUUAUCGUCAACUCGCAAGAUUGCGACUGGUGUCUGUCUGGAUGCUCCCAGCAAAGAAGAUACGCCGAAACAGGCUGUCGAGAACGCCAAACAUGCCCUAUCCGGGGAACAGACGGAGCCACGCGAUCCGGAUUGCGCCACAGCCGAAACAGGGGAUCAGUUGCCCGCCGCUCUGGUGCAAAUUCCCAGUAUAUCAGUAAAUGAUACACCAGUGUUCGGGUAUGAUUCUCCAAGCAUGGACGCUCAGUUGCGCAAAGCAAUGGUCCAAGGGGAAAGGGGGCGAUUUCUCCCGGACGGCGAACUCAAUACCAUCAUCACUAAAGAGUCAGUUGCAAGGCUGCUCCUUCAGUCAGCAGACUGGAAGCGAAUAGACUCUGCAUAUCAGGUUGCCUCAUCGCCAAACUCCAACCUUCAUGCCAUUGUCGAAAGGGUCUGCGGCAGUUUCAAGAGGGUAUUUGCUCUGCUGGUUCUCAUGAAAAAAGCGCAAACGAUCACAGAGUUUCUCCAAGAGGAAGUCUGUGAUAUCGAUUUGCCACUAUCCUGCGAGUGGUCGAACGAACACCUUUUUCUAUAUCGCAGGACCGACCCAGGCCUCCCUUUGGCUUGUGUACGAGAGUGGUAUGACUAUGAAAUAGAGUACUUCACAGAUCGACAAUGGGCCGUAUUGGCCCCGAUCUUUGCCGACCAUCAGACGCCGUACGAGCUAAGCGACCAUGCAAUACUUCCCUUCGUUGCCGAGGACUCGUAUUCUCGUAACGAGGAAGUGUUCGGUGGAUACUCUAGCGUGCGGAAAGUCAAAAUUCACCCAGACCACCAUCGUUUCGCCAAGUACACGCCGGGGAACAACAGCUUUGCAAUGAAAGCAUUACAUUCCACGUCUGCAGAAACAUUUCACAGGGAAGCCAAUUUAUUGAAAAAGUUCCGUGAGGGAGAUUUAUUGGGAUUCUGGAAGGAAUUCCACCCUCAGCCGCCCAAAGCGGACUACAAGAUGACUCUCUGGGUUGCGGAGCAGUGCGCCGGCAUUGCUCAAGCGUUGGCAAAGAUUCACUCGAGCGAUGAACCCCUGGACGCAGAGGAGUCAUCGCAGGAUACCGCGGAAAGAAGAUAUGGGCGCCAUGGGGAUAUCAAACCGGAAAAUAUUCUCUGGUUCAAAGGGCCACGAUAUCCUGAUGACCAUGGAUCUCUCGUCCUCGGCGACUUCGGCCUAGGCAAACUCCAUACCAAGAUGAGCAGGUCCAUGUCUAACGACCGGAGAUACAAUCUGGCGGGCACCGACACGUAUAACCCGCCAGAAUUUGAAAUGACCCAUGGCACUAUUAGUAGGGCCUCAGAUAUCUGGUCUCUCGGAUGUGUAUAUCUGGAGUUCAUCACGUGGUAUUUGGGAGGCUGGAAGUCCGUUUUGGAAUCCUCUGAUGAAAGAUACGCCAAAACUAGGCAUCUGCCCUGGCUUUACACUGACGCCUACUAUUCAAUUGACUGGGAGGACGAGCCACCGGUGGCCAAGGUGAAGCCAGCAGUGCAACGUGCAAUCUCGAGGCUCCGUGUGGACGGGGAAAGCACUCAAUUCGUCCACGACUUUUUGGAUAUAAUAGAGUUGCACAUGCUCCGAGUUAGUCCCAGCGAGCGCAUCAAGGCUGACAGUCUUGCUACGCGGCUUAGGGAUCUUUGGAGCCGGUGCCAGAUCAACCAUGAUGGCUCCGAUAUCACCACGGAGAAAGACAGGUCCGAUCCGGACAUACAGUGA